AUGUGGCAUCGAGGGGUGUUAAGCUUAUUGUGUAAUUCGUGUAGAUAUGUAAUACAUAAAUGGCAUGUUCCAUUGCUAGGUGUUGAUUGUAAUGCCAACCCAAGACAUAAACAAGUUUUAUCAAACCCAUCACCCAGAUCUAGAGGGAUACCAAAAUAUUUAGAAAAAUAUAUUUUUUAUAAGCAAGCUCCUAGAAAUCCUAGAUAUAAAUCUCAAUUCAUUACUAUGUACACAGCAGGAAGGAAAUAUAGACAACAGAUAAAAAAAACUGCAUAG